AUGACUGACCCACAGAGUUCUGAACGAAGAAAAACGGGCAUGCUGCGCCCUGUUGUCUCCGGUCGCAAAAAGGCCUAUCCCAAAAGCGAGCCCAAUCGGAAAAAGCGUGCUACCACAAUUGAAGCCCUCGUCGCUGAGAACCAGCUGCUGGCAGAUGGGACUGACACGGGUGGUUCGUAUUUCGCUGAAUCUACUCCCAUCGUGCUACACAAUCCGUUCAGUUUGAAUAGCACACAAUUGAAAGAUCCCCGAUAUAGCCUCAUGGUGGAGCCCAUCGUGCUGAGCGCGAACUCAUCUCCUGUCCCUGGGAGGUAUGGGAUCGGCAAAAAUUAUAGCAUCCCGUACAGCCCUAAUCGUCGCUCACAGCGCAUAGCUAAUCAAGGAGGAUCACCCAAUUACGCCCGGAUUGCGUUUCCAAUGCGCCGCUUCAGGGUGGCGGCACCGAGAGUGGGUGAGAAGCCUGCAAAGGCUCCGAUUCAACCCACACCGUCCACCUUGCCACAAACCCCUGCUGUCGUGCAGAACACAGACCUGCCCCCUGUAUGGUUAAGUGAGCAGCAGAUAGCUUCUUUCUGGAACCAGUGCCUUAGGGACUACCUCUCCUACGGGGAGGCGACAGAUAAGGCCCAUGCAUACAACCUCCGAAUUCGUUCAGAUAACCUGGUUACUGAACAGCAAGCCAGCCCUAUUGCGCAGUGUAGGAAAUUUGGCACAGCCGACGACAUAGGGUUUUUCAAACUGCAAUUUCGAGAUCUCUCGACAGUUGCAGAUUUGGAUUGUUGGAAACUGGGAGAAGUACUUCUGAUUAAGCGGCUUCCUGCCGCUUAUCAAUAUAAGAGUGAUGGAACGGCAAAGGCAAUUCACGGCGCAGUCGUGGUCGGAGAAUAUAUACGGUUUUACAAAAGUUUGGAAGUGGGAAAGGUUUCAAUUAUCGAGUUCGAGAAUCACCAGGAUACUCUUCAUAUGGAGGCAAACUAUCUUACUAUAACCGAGCAUUUAACUGCAAUUAGGCAGGAGUGGACGCGCGAAAAGGCUGAGCCCGAGCCUGAGGAAUGGAUGACGUGGAUUAAUGAGGAUUAUUGGGAGUAG